GCGCCCGCGCAGCGGCCCCUCAGGUACGCGGACAAGAUGGCGGCGGCAGCGGGGGACAGCGCUAUGGAGGUGGUGCCGGCGCUGGCUGAGGAGGCCGCGGCCGAGGCGACGGGCCCCAGCUGCCUGGUGCAGUUGCCGGGCGAGGUGCUGGAGUACAUCCUGUGCAGCGGCUCGCUCACGGCGCUCGACAUCGGCCGCGUGUCCAGCACCUGCCGUCGGCUGCGCGAGGUGUGCCAGAGCAGCGGGCAGGUGUGGAAGGAGCAGUUCCGGGUGAGGUGGCCCUCCCUGAUGAAGCACUACAGUCCCACCGACUACGUCAAUUGGUUAGAGGAAUAUAAAGUUCGGCAGAAAGCUGGGUUAGAGGCCCGGAAGAUUGUAGCCUCCUUCUCCAAACGGUUCUUUUCAGAGCACGUUCCUUGUAAUGGCUUCAGUGACAUUGAGAACCUUGAAGGCCCAGAGAUCUUUUUUGAGGAUGAGCUGGUAUGCAUCCUGAACAUGGAAGGAAGGAAAGCUUUAACCUGGAAAUACUACGCAAAGAAAAUUCUUUACUACCUGCGGCAGCAGAAAAUCCUCAAUAACCUCAAGGCUUUCCUGCAGCAGCCCGAUGACUACGAGUCCUAUCUUGAAGGUGCCGUUUACAUCGACCAGUACUGCAACCCGCUCUCCGACAUCAGCUUCAGAGACAUCCAGGCCCAAAUCCACAGCAUCGUGGAGCUCGUAUGCAAAACCCUCCGUGGUGUCAACAGUCGCCACCCCAGCCUGACCUUCAGGGCAGGUGAGUCCGCUAUGAUAAUGGAGAUAGAACUCCAGAGCCAAGUGCUGGACGCCAUCAACUACGUCCUGUACGACCAGCUCAAGUUCAAAGGGAACCGCAUGGACUACUACAACGCCUUGAACCUCUACAUGCACCAGGUGUUGACCCGCAGAACAGGAAUCCCCAUCAGCAUGUCUCUGCUCUACCUGACCAUCGCCCGGCAGCUGGGAGUCCCCCUGGAGCCUGUCAACUUCCCAAGCCACUUCCUGCUUCGGUGGUGCCAAGGGGCAGAAGGGGCAAACCUGGACAUCUUUGACUACAUCUACAUAGAUGCUUUUGGCAAGGGCAAGCAGCUGACUGUGAAGGAGUGUGAGUACCUGAUUGGCCAGCACGUGACGGCAGCACUCUACGGUGUGGUGAAUGUGAAGAAGGUGCUUCAGCGGAUGGUGGGCAACCUGCUGAGCCUGGGCAAGAGGGAAGGCAUUGACCAGUCCUACCAGCUCCUCAGAGACUCCUUGGACCUGUACCUGGCGAUGUACCCAGACCAGGUGCAGCUCCUGCUCCUCCAAGCCAGGCUCUACUUCCACCUGGGCAUCUGGCCAGAGAAGGUGCUUGACAUCCUCCAGCACAUCCAGACCCUUGACCCCGGGCAGCACGGGGCGGUGGGCUACCUAGUCCAGCACACGCUCGAGCACAUCGAGCGCAAGAAGGAGGAGGUGGGUGUGGAAGUGAAGCUGCGCUCCGAGGAGAAGCACAGGGAUGUCUGCUACUCCAUCGGCCUCGUUAUGAAGCACAAGAGGUACGGCUACAACUGUGUGAUCUACGGCUGGGACCCCACGUGCAUGAUGGGGCAUGAGUGGAUCCGAAACAUGAAUGUGCACAGUCUGCCUCACGGCCACCAUCAGCCCUUCUACAACGUGCUGGUGGAGGACGGCUCCUGCAGAUACGCAGCCCAAGAAAACCUGGAGUACAACGUGGAGCCUCAGGAGAUCUCGCACCCAGAUGUGGGGCGCUACUUCUCAGAGUUCACAGGUACACACUACAUCCCAAAUGCGGAGCUGGAGAUCCGGUACCCCGAGGACCUGGAGUUUGUGUACGAGACAGUGCAGAACAUUUACAGUGCAAAGGAGGACACGGCCGAGUAAACUCUGGGGGUGUCACCUCUGUGCUGCUGCUGCUGCCGCUGCUGCUACCUUCUAGGGGAACAGGAUUCCUGAAGGACGAGUGCUGCCCCUGGAGUCAGCACAGGACAGCCACGUCACCAGCAGCCUGGCUGCCUCCCCACUUUAGAUGGUGUGUGCUCCUCCAGCCACAGACAGCGUUGCUCUCCGCUACACUAGUGAACCAGUCGAAAGGCACCGUGUCCAGUGGCAUGGCUCGUCUGCUUGUCCCGUGGUGACAGUGUGUGACAUUCUGUCUUCAUGAGGUCUCACCGUCCACUCUGUCCUCUCACCCCCUUCCCAUCCCUGUCUCCAUCUACCUUGUGUCAGCGUCCCUCCCGCUGGACAGUCGGGGCCAUGUCUCCUCAUCUGGAACACAGGCCGCUGAGGGAGGGCCGCCGCCUCUGCCUUGUGCUGGGUUAUACUCGCAGGAAGGCGUGGAGUCGGGAGUCGGGAUGGUCACGGUUCGGUUUUUUGCUAAUACAGAAACACAGAUUUCAAGUGUUCCUUUUUUCUUUUUAAUUUAAAUUGGGAGAAGGACAGUAUCUCCCUCUCCUGCUGGGUCUGUGCACAUUUCUGCCUGUUGUGAGCUUCUGUCUUGUCCCAUUGGUUCUCUGAGCAGAUGUGCAGCAAUGGCCUUCCCGAGGGAAGCUCUCUCGUUCACCAGCUGCUCUUUCAAGAUGACUACUCCAUGUUUAACGUUAGGAAUCUUCUACAGGAUCACGAGUGGAUCUUAGGUUGCUCAUGGGCCCGCUUCAGUAGUAAGGCCUGCAUUUCGAAUGAAAAUUGCUCUUCAAACUUGUCCCUCCCAGUCCCCAAACCAAGAGAACAGGUCUGUUCUUCUGAUCAGGAGAAUGACCUGAGGAAGCCUCGCCCAGGGAGACAGGCUCUGUGUUCCCUGUCACUCCUUUGAGUCAUUUUGAGAGUGUUGGGCUUAUGGGAAGAGGAGUGCAUGCUUCGGGCUUUACGCUGUCAGUCUGAAGGCUCCAGGAUGAGAUCCUGACUCCUGGCUGAGGUCUAGCCUCAGGUCACCCCUGGCUUCUGCCUGAUGCUGUCCACAAGUGUGAAAGGACCAAGCCUUUACCAGAUCCUAGCGGGUGCCACCUGGUCCUCAGACAAGCAGUCCCUUAGGUAACUACCCAUCAGGCCAAUGACACGUCUGUCCUACAUUUAAAAUGCUGUCGCUCUAGUGAGCGGAGCUGUAGGGGGCUGCCUGCCAGCCUUGCCUGCCUGCCUGCCUUCCGCAUGUGUAUCCUCACACCGAUCCAAAUGCGCGCUCCCUCCUCCAUUGCCCUCCACCGUCCCGGGAUGACUGAGGCAGACCACUGAUGAGGCAGUCUCUAGAAGGAUGGGAAGCCUGAGACUCUUGUACUUGAAAAGGUUCCUGUCCAGUCUGUACCUCACCAGUCAGAACCAGUCAGAGGUGGGUUUGAACUUGCAUUUGGAAAUUUAGCUACUCAGAGCAUCUGCCUGAGGUCUGGGGAUUUUACACCUACUCAUUUAAAGGUGAGAAGCAACCCAGGAGGACUCGCAGGCUUGCAUCCCAGUAGCGAGCAGCUGUGGAGCAUGCUGGGAGUUGCCAUUGCUGGGUUUCUGCUUUGAUUUCCUUUUUUCUGUAGAGAAACGUCAAAGCUGAGAAAGAUGGCUUCCCUCCCUGACCCGACUGUAAAUAUGUACCUAGACUGUUUUUAAAUGUGUUUCUUCACGAAGGCUUCGUUUGGCUGAGGGAGCCUAUAUCACCGGUGUAAGUUGGUAUUUGGGCACUUUAUAUUUUUCUAAAAAUGUGUUUUGGAUCCUGUACUCUAAUAAAUCAUAAGUUUCUUUUUAAAGAUUUUUCCAAAA